AUGAAUGUUAUAACAAUUGAAGACUAUAAGAGCACAUAUUGGCCAAAGUUGGACAGUGCCAUAGAUCAGCUUUUAACUCAGAGUCCUGGUGACUACAUCCCUAUCUCCUAUGAACAAAUAUACAGUUGUGUGUAUAAGUGUGUAUGCCAGCAGCAUUCGGAACAGAUGUAUAGUGACCUAAUAAAAAAGAUAACUAACCACUUAGAGAGAGUCUCAAAGGAGCUGCAGGCCAGCCCUCCAGAUCUCUAUAUUGAAAGAUUUAACGUAGCUCUUGGACAGUAUAUGGGAGCAUUGCAGAGCAUUGUGCCUCUUUUCAUAUAUAUGAAUAAAUUUUACAUAGAAACCAAGCUUAACAGAGACUUAAAAGAUGACCUUAUAAAGCUGUUUACGGAACAUGUUGCAGAAAAGCACAUUUACAACCUAAUGCCUUUACUUUUGGAAGCUCAGUCAACGCCGUUUCAAAUAACUCCUUCAACCAUGGCAAAUAUUGUGAAAGGCCUGUACACACUUCGACCAGAAUGGGUACAGAUGGCACCAGCUUUAUUUUCUAAAUUCAUCCCAAAUAUUCUACCCCCUGCUGUGGAAUCUGAGCUUCAGGAGUAUGCUGCUCAAGACCAGAAACUUCAAAGAGAGCUUAUGCAGAAUGGAUUUACUAGAGGUGACCAGUCACGCAAGAGAGCUGGAGAAGAGUUAACUUACAAUGGCUCAUCAGCUUGUGCAAGCUCCAGGGGAUACAGAUAGUGAAUAUACUGGAUCAGCUUCUAUUCCUAGCCAGAACAGACACUGGAGGAGCACAGGUGGUAUCCGGAGCCUCCUUUGGCAACUGCUGAUACUCGAGCUCUGACACGAACUAUGCCUCAAAGAAGAGUUUUGGACUUCUCUUCUUUAUAUAAUAAAAUGUCAGUUGCUGCUACAAUUGGGAUGACUUUGAAAGACAUGAUUCCUUGGUCUGGCCUCUCAACAGGUUCAUGUUCUGCGAUUUUUGUGAGGAAUGCACCUUGAAAAACAAUCCUUUCAAAGUGGAAAUGGGCAGCCAAAAUCAGCAGCUUCCAAAAGCGUUAGAAUGGAAGAAUCUUUUUUGCACUCUUUUCUUAAUAUUAAGGACAUUCUUAAAACUAGUUAACACGUCAGUGUAUUAGUUUUUAAACUUCAAGGUAUUUUCUGGAGCUUUUACUUAAAUAAUGAGAAUAAAGUUUCAUUAUUUUGCA